UGUUUAUUGGUAAGUUCUUCCAGAUGUCAGUUCCAAAGCAUACGAAAUUAGUUCUUAUUGGGCUGGGUUUUCCGCCAGCGGGAUUGAAAAUUGGCGCCAAGAAACGGAGACACAGGAAGAGAAGCUGCCUGGGCGCCAUGUUAGAUAGGGCAUGUAUGACCAACAGCCCCUACCCGACCUCAGCCCCCUUGUGGGGUGACUCCUUCCAGAAAGAGGACCCUCUUCUCGCUGGCCCCAUCCUCCAGGGGAGGGACUCUCAUUCCAUCGAGCCCUUCCCAUGGGUCACUACCCACGCCCGCCACGCUGGAGGCUGUCACCGCGCCCCUGCACCCGCGCCUGCGGUCACUGCUCCCUGAGAGGGAGGUAACCCUUUCCUCCAUCCCCGAGGGGCGGUGACGCCUCCCCGGGCCCGCGCCGCCUCCUUCCGGGCCCUCCCCCGCGACGACGGACGGCAGGGCCUCCAGGGCGGGACUCCGGCGCGGGGACCAGGCGGCGGGGCGCGCGGCGGCGGCCGGGGCCAUGGCGGGCUGCUGCGCGGUGCUGGCGGCCUUCCUGUUCGAGUACGACACGCCGCGCAUCGUGCUCAUCCGCAGCCGUAAAGUGGGGCUCAUGAACCGCGGUGUGCAGCUGCUCAUCCUGGCCUACGUCAUCGGGUGGGUGUUCGUGUGGGAAAAGGGUUACCAGGAAAUGGACUCCGUGGUCAGCUCAGUGACUACCAAGGCCAAAGGCGUGGCUGUGACCAAUACUUCUACACUUGGGUUCCGGAUCUGGGAUGUGGCUGAUUAUGUGAUUCCCGCUCAGGAGGAAAACUCCCUCUUCAUCAUGACCAACAUGAUCAUCACCAUGAACCAGACCCAGAGCAUCUGUCCUGAGAUUCCUGAUAAGACCACUGUGUGCAAAUCAGAUACGGACUGCACUUCUGGGUCUGCCGACAUCCACAGCAAUGGUAGGAAUGGAGUCAAGACUGGAAGAUGCGUGCCGUUCAAUGGGUCAGUGAAGACCUGUGAGGUGGCAGCCUGGUGCCCGGUGGAGGAUGACACACAUGUGCCAAAGCCUGCUUUUUUAAAGGCUGCAGAAAACUUCACUCUUUUGGUUAAGAACAACAUCUGGUAUCCCAAAUUUAAUUUCAGCAAGAGGAACAUUCUUCCCAACACCACCACCACCUACCUCAAAUCAUGCAUUUAUGAUGCCAAGACAGAUCCCUUCUGCCCCAUAUUCCGUCUUGGCAAAAUCGUGGAGAACGCAGGGCACAGCUUCCAGGAUAUGGCUGUCGAGGGAGGCAUCAUGGGCAUCCAGAUCAACUGGGACUGCAACCUGGACAGAGCUGCCUCCCUCUGCCUGCCCAGGUAUUCUUUCCGCCGCCUCGAUACCCGGGACCUUGACCACAAUGUGUCUCCUGGCUACAAUUUCAGGUUUGCCAAGUACUACCGGGACCUCACUGGCGUGGAGCAGCGCACACUCAUUAAGGCAUAUGGUAUCCGCUUCGACAUCAUCGUGUUUGGGAAGGCUGGGAAGUUUGACAUCAUUCCUACCAUGAUCAACAUCGGCUCCGGCCUGGCGCUGCUGGGCGUGGCGACAGUGCUGUGUGAYGUCAUAGUCCUGUAUUGCAUGAAGAAGAGAUACUACUAUCGGGAGAAGAAGUACAAAUACGUGGAAGAUUACGAGCAGGGUCUUGGUGGUGAGACAGGCCAAUGAUGCCUACCCGACACCCGGGCUCCCCAAAGCCCUCAUCAAGCACAAUGAGAAGGAGGGAGAAAUGGCUGCUAUGUCACCCCAGAGAACAUUCCAGAUUCUGAUUCACUCUCCAUAAGUACUCAGGGUUGCCUGGUAGCUCCUACAUUCUGUGUGUGGGGGUUCAUUUGUCCCCUGGGCACAGUGGAUUACCAACCAGUGUGUUGUUGGCUGGGGCGAGUUGCUGGGGCCUUCUGCAGGCCCUGGGGCCAGCUUUCCCCAGAAGCUGCAGUCUCCAGCCCUCGCAGACGGGGCCAAUCCUGUGAGCCAAGACAACACCGUUCAGGCACUUUGUAAGGAAAAGAAAGCCUCUAGGCUCGUGCUCCCUAGACUUUAACAGGCCCAGGCUGCUGCUCCUCUCCCCCAAACCAGGAACAUUGUCCUUGCAACCGUGGUACAGAGUUGGCUCUCUUCCUCUGAGAACAGCUGUGAAGAGAUGGUUGAAGAUCAAACAUUAAAACAA